CAGGAGCUGGAGACCACCCGGACCGAGCUGAGCGCGCAGUCAGAGAGGUGGGCCAAGGAGGCCGCGGACGUCGUGGAGGCGCAGCGGCGGGACAUGAGCGCGGCGCUGGAGAAGGCCAGCUCCGAGGCCCAGGCCGCCAGGGAGGGCCUGCGGGAGACCAUGGACAAGCAGGUGAAGCAGCUGGAGGGCGAGCUCGCGAAGGCCAAGGAGCUCGCCGAAUCCAGGAAGGAGGAGGCCGACCUCAAGGAGGGAGAGUUCCACCUAAAGGUCGACAGGCUGGUUGACCGCGUGAAGGACCUGGAGAAGACCGGGGAAACGCUGGUCAGCAGGGCGGAGAUGCAAGCCAGCAUGGGCGGCAUGGAUGCAGCAGUGGACAAGCGCCUGCUCCACCUCGAGCACGAGGUCCCGAGGGUGACGGACGCGGUGGCGGAGGUGGAGAACAUCGCCACGCGGCGAGUAGAUUGGAUUAUCCAGAAGGCCUCGCAGAAGCUGAGACCACCCGGGA